ACCUGGAAACAAGAAGACACAGCUGAGGCACACAGAACUGCUCCCCUGCAUCUGACCUCAGUAGGAACUUUGCUGGAGUAAAUGUGAAACAUUUCAAGAUAUGAGCCAGUUUGUGUCUGAAGAUGUCUUCAUGUCAUGGCUUUCAGGAAAAGAUACAUUGAAAGCGAACUAGAAGCUGCAAGAAAGUGGUCUCACAAAUGGGGAUUCUUGAAAACACCUCCAGAGUUGAUUGAAGAUGAAAAGAAAGAAAAAACAAUGCCCAAGAUACAGCUUCCAGAACAUCUGCAGAUUCGACCUGUGACCCCUGUGGAAAAAUAUAUUAAGGUGAAUCCAUCUCCUCCAGUACCUAAGACUACCCAGGGAUUUAUUGGCUGGAGAUCAUCUGUUCCUGGGCUGGAACUCGAACGUUGUUUUGAAAUCCAAAGCAGCAAAGAUACCUUUUCCAAGGAUUUGAAGUGGCCAUGUGAGCCCUCUGACUGACAUUAAGAAAUAACAAUUAGGCACGCGGAUCCAUUUGUGCUCCUAAAUUAACGUUCUCUACUGGACUGUUAAACAUUUGUCCUUUGAAAUCUAUCUAUCUAAACAUCCACAGUCAUUCUGGUAACGUGUGAACAUCUUAAUACAGCAUUUUACUUGUUGCUCAUUGUUUGGAAAUCUGUAGCAUUCUGGUGGUUAAUACUGCUUCAGAUUCAUUCAGAAGUGACAAUGAAUAAACUCAUGUAAAUAUAA